AUGGGACAUAGUAAAGACGAGGAAUGUCCGGAAUUCAAGUCAGAAAUCCGCUAUGAGGACUCCAACUCCAAAUAUGCAAACUACGAAGCGGAGGCACAGCAAUACCACAUGACCUUGAGAGGCAAAGCGUUGUCUUUCGCGCUAGCAUUUGUGAGCGGAGCCGGGUUUACACUCUUUGGAUAUGAUCAAGGCGUUAUGUCUGCUCUCCUGACUGCAUCUCAGUUUGAGAAAGUCUUUCCACAAACUAUUGUUUCUUCGGAACACCCCAAUAACGCAACACUCCAGAGUUUUUUGGUUGCUAUAUAUGAACUAGGUUGUCUCGCUGGCGCACUUUCGUGCCUAUGGGUUGGUGACAGAUUAGGUCGGCGGCGGACAAUGGUAGCUGGUGCCGUGAUCAUGAUAAUAGGAGCUAUCUUGCAGACAACUUCGUUCGGAUAUGCUCAUAUGCUUGUUGGACGAGUCGUAACGGGCAUAGGGAACGGGCUAAAUACAUCAACUGUGCCUUCAUACCACGCUGAAUGCUCCCCCGCUGCGAAGCGCGGCAGUUUGAUCAUGGUAGAGGGUGCUUUGAUUACCUUCGGUAUUAUGAUAUCCUAUUGGAUUGACUUUGGAUGUUUCUGGAUACAAGAAUCAUCUGCUCAGUGGAGAGUGCCGGUUGCACUUCAAAUUGUUUUUGCAGUUAUCAUGAUUGCCAUGAUUCCUAUCUUACCAGAAUCUCCCAGAUGGCUUCUAAAAGCGAAACGACCUGCGGAGGCUCUUGCCGUCAUCUCCGCCUUGGAUGACAAACCCACCUCGGACGAAGAAGUACGGAGGACAUUCCAUGCUAUACAGGAGGCGGUCAAUGCGGAGACCGGGAUCGACGAAAACCCGUCAUUGAAAGAGCUUCUGUCGGGUGGAAGGUCGCAAAACUUCAGACGCGUCACCUUGGGUAUCGUCGUUCAGUGUUUCCAGCAAAUUACGGGAAUCAACUUGAUCACCUACUACGCCACCUUGCUCUUUGAGCGACUCGGCCUCUCGGAUGUCAAAUCCCGCAUCGUUGCAGCAUGUAACGGGACCGAAUAUUUCCUCGCUUCACUUAUUGCUAUCUUCAUCAUUGACCGUAUCGGACGUCGAAAACUCAUGUUGUUCGGUGCGAUUGGCCAAUGUCUUACAAUGGUGUUAUUGGCUAUACUGGGGAGUCUACCGAAGAGUAAUAACGGAGCGCAGAUUGUCAGUGCGGUGUUACUAUUUGUAUUCAAUAGUUUCUUUGCGGUUGGGUGGUUGGGGAUGACUUGGCUAUACCCUGCCGAGAUAGUCGGCCUAAGGAUGAGAGGUCCUGCGAAUGCCUUGAGUACGGCGAGCAACUGGACAUUCAAUUUCAUGGUCGUCAUGAUCACUGGUCCCGCAUUCGAAAACAUUGAUUACGGAACCUAUAUCAUCUUCGCUGCGCUCAACGCCCUCAUCGUACCUGUCGUAUAUUUCUUCUUCCCAGAGACCGCGGGAAGGUCUCUCGAAGAUAUGGAUGUUAUCUUCGCAUUAGCUCACAAUGAGGGAGCUUCACCCGUUAAAGUGUCGCUGAGAGACGAUAUUCCUGCAGCUGGGACGCCAGAGGCGGAUAAGAUUUUGGGAGUGCGCGAUUAG